UCACUAUUGUUCUCGAUAUCUCCUGAGUGCCCGAGCUGUUCUCAAGAUCCCCCCAUCAACAAUGAAGACCUGGAUUCUCCUGCUUGCGGCUGUCGCAGCUGUUGCGAACGCCGCCGCGGUCAAUGUUGAGGCUGGCGUUGAAUCCUCUUUGAUUGGAGUAGAGAAGCGAUGUGUUGGCGGGCUCCAAGCCUGUUCCUCUAAUGCGGAUUGUUGCAGUGGAGCUUGCUCGUCCCGUCUCGGUAACCGCUGCUUGAGUGCUUAGAGAGCAAUUCGGGCCAUCGGCACCAUCGAACCUCGCCGGCACCUUUCUGCAUUUGACGUGUCGUGCGUCAAAAGAGCACGUGUUGCGUUCGAUCCAGCAUUGCU